UUCUGACUACACGCACUGAAGGAUUUCAAGCAGCGAGUCCUUUCUAUAGCAUUAUUCGGACGGACAGCAGUACGCAGGGACACUUGGCACCGCAUUUAGCCAACAGUGCUUUGGUUUGUUAGACUCAUAAAAGAGCCCGCUUUGUUUGUUGUGUGCUCUGCUUGUGUGCGCUUUGUUUUCUCUCCCACGCAGCGUCGCUAGCGCAGUCUCCGCAGCACAGAGCGCCCCGACGCAGUUAAUCUGUCCGUGCAAUGCAGUCUGCCGCUUAAUUAAUUAUGCGACGGUUUGCUUGGUAGCUCAAACGUUGCGAUCAGAUCAUUAAUGCGAGGCUGCUUUUGGCUCACUAUAAAUCUGCAGUUGUGAUGACGGGGUGUUAGCGACUAGCAACCUGCAACCCGCACCCAUAUCGUCCUGCGCCUAUGCCCCCGUGUGUAGGAAUAUGCCAUCUUGUCUCAAAAGCUGUCAGAGCUCAGCGCCGGUGCUUUUAACAUGUAUUUCAAUAGGAAAUCGAAAAAAGUCCACUCAGAAGAGCAAUUAGUUUUGGAUACAUUUAGCACGGAAAAUGCUUGCGUUUCUCCCAAAGGCGAAGACGAGGGGUUGGGAGCGGGGAUGCGCUCCAGGAUGUCAGAUAAGCGAGGUCCCUGGACGUGUGAUAUGAGACCCGCUUGUUCGUCCUCGGGGUACGAAAAGGCAGAUGAUGAAAUGUCUGGAACAACGUCGCAAGCAGACCUCAUAGACGCAGCGGCUCGGACCAUUUACCUGCAUCUACCCCAGCAGAGCAAGUUCUGUGAUAACCAUGUCAGUACAGCCAAGUACGGGGUGCUGACAUUCCUUCCUCGAUUCCUGUAUGAGCAAAUCAGGAGGGCCGCCAAUGCAUUCUUCCUCUUCAUUGCCUUAAUGCAGCAAAUCCCAGAUGUGUCUCCUACAGGAAGGUACACCACUUUGGUACCAUUCCUGUUCAUCCUGACAGUGGCUGGGAUCAAAGAGAUCAUAGAAGACUAUAAAAGACACAAGGCAGACAACACAGUAAACAAAAAGAAAACGACAGUUUUAAGAAGUGGAGUUUGGCAGACUGUGAUAUGGAAACAGGUGGCAGUAGGAGACUUUGUGAAGGUCACCAAUGGGCAGCAUCUUCCGGCUGACAUGGUCAUUGUAUCCUCCAGCGAGCCCCAGGCAAUGUGCUACAUAGAGACAUCCAACCUGGACGGGGAGACCAAUCUUAAAAUACGACAGGGCUUAUCUCUGACUGCCAGCUUCCAAUCCCAGGAAGAUCUGAUGGCGGUCACAGGGAAGCUGGAAUGUGAAGGGCCCAACGGGCAUCUGUAUGACUUUACUGGAACUCUGCGUCUGGAUAAUUACAGUCCUGCACCACUGGGCCCAGACCUGGUUCUACUGCGAGGAGCCCAGCUGAGGAACACCCAGUGGGUUGUGGGAAUUGUAGUUUACACUGGACACGACACCAAGCUCAUGCAGAACUCCACGAAGGCUCCCCUGAAGCGCUCGAACGUGGAGAGAGUGACCAACAUGCAGAUCCUGGUGCUGUUCUGCAUCCUGCUGGUCAUGGCGCUGGUCAGCGCUGUGGGGGCUGCCCUCUGGAACAAGGAGCACACCGAGGAGGACUGGUACCUCUUCAGAUCUGACACGUCGCAAAUCUCCAACAACUUCUGGUACAACCUACUGACUUUCAUUAUCCUGUACAACAACCUGAUCCCUAUCAGCUUGCUGGUCACUCUGGAGGUGGUCAAGUUCACUCAAGCCCUGUUCAUUAACUGGGACAGGGAGAUGUAUUACAGUGAAACAGACACGCCAGCCAUGGCCAGGACUUCAAACCUAAAUGAGGAGCUGGGGCAGGUGAAGUACCUAUUUUCUGAUAAGACCGGGACACUGACGUGCAACAUUAUGCAUUUUAAGAAAUGCACGAUUGCAGGAAUCACCUAUGGCCACUUUCCAGAUUUGGAAGCAGAGCGCUCAAUGGAAGAUUUCAGUCACCAACCAAACAGGAGCCACAGUUCUAAUGAAUUCAGUGAUCCUGCACUAAUACAGAAUAUUGAACAGAACCAUGUCACAGCCCCGCAGAUCUCGGAGUUCCUCACCUUGCUGGCUGUGUGCCACACUGUAGUGCCUGAGAAAGAUGGAGACCAGAUCAUCUACCAAGCAUCCUCCCCAGAUGAAGGCGCUUUAGUGAAAGGAGCAAAAGGACUUGGCUUCGUCUUCACUGGAAGAACACCCCAUUCCGUUAUCAUUGAUGCUAGAGGAGCAGAACAGAGCUACGAGCUGCUCAAUGUGCUGGAGUUCUCCAGCUCCCGAAAGAGAAUGUCAGUGAUUGUGAGAACUCCGUCUGGAAAGCUGCGUCUGUACUGCAAGGGGGCUGACAACGUGAUCAUGGAGAGACUCGGAGAAAGUUCCCAGUACAAGGACCUCACCUUAUCCCACCUCCAGCAGUUUGCUACUGAAGGUCUGAGGACGCUCUGCUUUGCAUAUGCAGACCUGACGGAGAGCUCCUAUCAGGAAUGGCUCCAGGAAUAUAACAGAGUCAGCACCAUUUUAAAGGACAGAGCGCAGAAACUGGAGGAAUGCUACGAGACCAUUGAAAAGAACCUCCUUCUUCUCGGGGCGACAGCGAUUGAGGACCGGCUUCAGUCGGGGGUCCCCGAGACUAUAGCCACCCUCAUGAGAGCAGACAUUAAAAUAUGGAUCCUGACAGGAGACAAGCAGGAAACUGCCAUCAACAUCGGUUACUCCUGCAGACUCAUCUCCCACGGCAUGUCUCUGAUCAUCCUCAACGAGGACUCCCUGGACGUAAGUCAGCCUUCUCUGUUGCUCUGAACGUGUGUGUGUGUGUGUAUACAUGUGCACACACAAAUACACACGCAUGUAUAGAGAAACGAUUUUAAAACGGCGCUAACACUUGCAGUGCUAAGGUAGUGAGCGCUCUGUUUAACCCAGGAAAUAAAUUCCUCUUCAGUGACAUGAUUGGUUGUGUUUUUAAGAAUGCAGUCGCUGACAGAAUUAAUGCAGGGUUUUGUCCGGCAGAACCUCUGUUGAUGGCUUAGGCUUUAAGAUUUGUCUGCUGAAGGUGUGUGCUGACGAUGGCAAUGGAUCAUACUGAGAUAAUGCCCCCCUCCCCUCCCUUUCCAAAGUGUGUACACUCCUCACUAUAAUAGAUGGAAACCCAUUACCAUUUGACACAGUGUGAACAAAUCUGCAAAAAGGGCAACAAAGCAUUAAACUAGUACUGA